UAUAUUUAAAGCACAGGGGUAUAUUCGGUUACAUGAGACCAAGUGAUAUUGUGCGCCGUAGUUGGGAAGCAUAACAACGUAUCAUUUCUGACAAGACGUUAUAUUUCCCUGACCACAGAAAUAUCGGUCCUCACAUUGCUCAGACAGACGGACGGACGAGCAGCAGUCAUACUCCUAUAGCCAACCCGAGUUACAAUGGCUACAAAUUACCCAGAGCAUUCAUCUCCUGAAGAUACUCACAAACAGGAAGAAGUUGGCAUCAUCGGUUGUUCAUGCCAGGCAAAUAAUAUAGAAAUUAUUCAAGUAGUUUGUAAUGAAAAUAAAAUUAACACCAAAAUUACACAACUGAGUUCAGAAAAACCUUAUAUUUUGGACAAACUAUCUGGCUGCGUUUGCAGUAUCAUUUUACUCUGUUCCCACUACCUUGAACUCUUAUCGACAUCAAUAACAGGAUCUAAACAACAAACAAGCCUUAUCUUGGUCGGAGAUGGGAUGGAUCUCCCCCGACUAUCUUCACAUGGAAUAGUAUCAGUACGUUGUGACGAACCUGAUUUUAAACAGAUAUUGUUUGAAAUGAUUUAUACUAAAAUCAAUUAUGACGACUGUUUUGGAACGACAAAUGCAACGGGAUGUCAGAGCAGGGAUGAGACGGAUCAAAAAGAAAGUCCUGAUGCUGAAUAUGAAGUGAGUGACUUGCAAAUUAGUCGAAAGAGUAAACAAGUAUAUCAAGAGGCGACUGUUAACGGAGACGAAAACACCAACUAUACAAAGUCUGAUGAUAGCGAAGACGAGAACCCGUACCAAACACUGUCAUUGGAACCUCGUGCGAAUUUGAUCAACCUCAGAACAGGGGAGAGUGGGAAGGAUGCGUUGUCAGGAGCAAAUGUGGUUGAAGAAUAUUUCCAUCCGUCACGAUCGUAUUGGAAGGAACUAUCAGAAAUAAUUUCCGAUAUAAAUAAAGGAAACAAGGCAACUGUAUCUGAGCUUACCAAAUACGUCUACACGCAUGUCAUCCCUUCAGCCAAAGAACAUAAGGAUCUAUCAACACUUUCAAAACUAUCCGAAUGUGAGGGUCAUGGUAUUGAAGACAAAAUAGCGAAAGAAAUACAAGAUCUACUUUUCACGUCUGAGGUCACCCGUCAUCAAAUGGACGUCUUAAUCCAAAGUUUGGAGGUUCAUUUGACUGUAGUUAAGAGGAAAGCAAUUUCAUGUAAAACUACCAGAACCAUUCUACCAAAUGUUAUUCUGAUGCUGGCCUUUGUCUAUCACAUUGUGUUAGACCAAGAAAACAAGGAUGAAAAGAUGGAUGGAAGAAUUUCUAUACUGGAUGCAAUACUUGACAGAACCGUAUAUGCACCAAACCAGGACAUUGAACGCCAUCUACAGAACGCAACGAGAAUGAUGCUUAAGGGCCUCAAAAAGACCACGAGCAGUAAGAGGACUUCUUGCCCUCAGCUGUUAGGACCCUGGCGAGAGGAACUGAUGAGUGACAACACGAUAUUUAAUAUGACCUGCGCCAUAGCUAAAAUGACCCUACCAGAACUAUACUCUCUAAUAGCCAUACUUUUUGUUCAGAUGCAUUUGGGAAUGGAACUUUGUAAGCGAUUGAUAGACUUCUUCCACACUGUGGUGAAACAAUCUGCAAAGAAAUCAGCCAACAACUCGCAACUUUAUCCCUUGUUGGUCAUAGUAUGUCGGGGGAUUGCAAGUUUACUGAAUCGACACGUUCACCAAGAUCAACAAACAGCGGCUAUGCAGAACCAAACAAACAACAGUCUGUGUGAGAUAUUGAAAACCUGUGUUGAGAAAAUCAAAAACAAAACCAAUCGUGACUGUAGCAAGGCUCUGCAAGAAGAGCUGGCGAUCCUCUUAUUUCAUAGGAGUAGUAACGUCGCGAGGAACGUCGAUAGGUUAAUGUCUGUAUUGGGUGGUGUUUGCAUAGCCGACAAAAUUCCGGCCUAUCUGCAAACGAUUUUAGGGCCCCUAGGUCUCACAUUAAGCUCGGAAACAAACGAAAGCUGUCCAAAAACUCUCCCACGAUGGCAAGAACUUAAGGGUUAUAUUGCUGGACAUAGAGAGGCAAGCGUCAAUGUUCUACUUCCUGACAACAACACAUUUGACCUGCAAACGUAUGUAAAAAGUGCCAAGUUAGAUCCCACUAAUGGACGACAUUACAAUACAAUGGAUAUGUUAAAAUGUUUGCUUGGAAAUGAUCAGCAUCCGCACAUUCGACGACUCAUGGCGUUCCAGGUUCAGCCGAUGCCUGUCUUUUAUAUCACAGAACUACUUCCAGACGCCACUCUCAGCACAUUCUUACUCGCAACACGCAAAGAGUUCGACUGGCAACCGCUGAAAAUGCUUGGCUCCAUAGCAUUAACAUGCGUUGAUGUUGUGCGUUUUCUGCACGAAAGGAGUAUCGUUCACAGGAAUCUGAUCGCAGACAGUUUCAAACGCAGAGACAAAGAUACGUUUGUUCUUACCGAUUUAAGCAUUGCUAGUUAUGUGGAUGAUGAUUCGGUCGGUUCGGGAACGUUUGUGCAAGAUUACGAUGGAAAAUUCAUCCCUACUCGAUGGUCAGCCCCAGAGUCCUUGUUGAAUGACCGAUAUGACGCCAUGUCGGACACUUGGAUGUUAGGGUUGUUGAUGCACGAGAUUUUCACACAUGGCGUUCAUCCAUUCAGGGAUAUGUAUGCCACCACUCUGGAUGACAUUAUGGAAAAUGUGGUGUUCAACAAUCUGAGACCAAGAUGGUAUCCUUGCAUCCCUUGUCCAAUAUUCGAGAUCAUCGGAGGGUGUGUUAAAACAAAUCCAGAUGAACGGCUUGAGCUACCCGAGGUUCUUAAAAAAAUCCGCGAUUGGCUUGGAUUGCUACACACCGAAAAUGAAAAAGUACCGAAGCUUCAACAUGCAACGUUCAACAAGAAGAAUUUAGAAUAUCCGGAAUUGGACGAGCAUCAAGGUGAACCUGAACGAGGCCCAACCGAACAACUCAAGAACCAGAAAAAGACAAUGAAAGGUUCAAAGGCAUCCUAUUACAAUAACUUAGAACUGAGAAAAUUGUUAAUGUACGAAAACAAAAUCAGAAUCAAAGAGGAGCACUUGAAAGCUGUAGACCAUCCAACCAUAGAUAAAAAGGAAGGUGGUCUGGAGGUACGUGAACCUGUCUCAAAGGCAUUUAUGAAUGACACGUUUCCCAAAAUGACGUCAAAACCAGAAUUCAUCGCGGCUCUUACCAUAGCCGACAAUCCAGUAAACCUGCCGAGAAACAGCACAAAUCCCGACGGAUUAAUCCGGACGCUUGUGUACAGAUGUCAAAAUGCAGAAUCAUUGUACGAAAUAGCACAAAUCUACAAAUUUGGAGAUCCGCGUGACGAAGAGAACCAACUUUCGUAUCUCAAAGUUGUAGAGAGCCUUGUUCAGUUUGUCAACUGGAUGCACGAGCGAAGUUGGAUACUAAGAGAUAUAUGUUGCUCCACAGCAUACAGGGCUGUGGAAGAUGGACGGGUAUUUAUGCCACGGCUAGGGAGAAUGAUUAAGGAUAAGAAAAGAGUUUCACGGAUAGAAGCGUGUAUUAUCGAUAAAAACACGUGCAUAGAUGACAGACGCAACUGGAUGCCAGCUGAGGUGAUCAAUGGUGGACAGUUUUCUCAGGCAAGUGAUGUCUAUAUGUUAGCCAUGACAGUGUACGAGUUCUACAGUACAGCUGACCUAGGUAGAAACAACCCUAUGCACAAUCGUCUGGCGUCUGUUCCAUUCGCCGAAGUGGAUCCAAAAUUAUUACUGGAUACAUUAAACCGUGGCAUACAACCCGCCAAACCGAUGUCAUGUCCACAGUGGCUUUAUGAAUUGAUGCAACAGUGUUGGGAUAGAGACUCGACACAGCGCCUGACAGCAGCUGCAUUUCUGUCUGAGAUUUCAGAAAAGUUAGCAACAAAAGGUGGCUCAACUCGUAAUAAUCGUAUGGCGCCCAACACAAACGAUUACUACGAGAGUGGAAAUAGCGACUCAAGUGAUACGUUGAGAAAGGAAGUAUAUCCCUCGAGCAAUCAGCCAACACUGCCUUCAAGACAAAACAGCUGCUCAUGCGGAAACAGUUCAUGUGGAGCAGAAGUUACGUGCUCAUGCAGAAACAGUUCAAGCGAAACAGGCAGUAUCGUUUCAUGCGGAAACAGUUCAUGCGAAACAUGCAGUGUUGUCUCAUGCGAAACAGGUAGUGUUGUUUCCUGCGGAAACAGUUCAUGCGAAACAUGCAGCGUUGUCUCAUGCGGAAACAGCUCAUGUGGCACAAAAAAUGAAUUUGAAUUGAAUACACGAUUGUAGUAGGUCAUAGGUCAGUUGACCAUACGACAAAUUUGAUGUUAUUGUUAUGAAUUAUUAUCCACCGUUUCAUUGACUAUAAAGUCACCGUGCCGCGAUUUGACGGCAAAACUGCAGUUAAAAUUGUCUCUAAAGUAUGUAAAUAUUAUCAAUAUAUUGGUAUGAAAAGAUUAAAAAUUCGAAUGGCUUAUGUUUAUCUUAAGUUAAAGUGUACGAAGCCUUUUCCCGACUGCUACUUAUCUCAGCAGGCGAAGGGUUGAAGCCAUGUUUACAUUAUUAUCAUGCAUACGUCAACUCUCACGAGAUGGACGUCCCUAGAGCAGAAUCCAACGAAUGGCGACUGUGUGGGUGGGGAUCAGAGAAAAUGUUUAUAUAAUACUGUGUGAUCAACAGUGUAAGAGAUAAUGAUUUCACAGUAAACGUGCUAAACACGACUUGAUAAUUCAUUUAUGAAAAGUAUUUACAAAACGAAAGGAUCAUAAUAGCACAAGCGCGCCAAAACUUGACAGGAAAUACUGCCAUUUUUAAAGGGCCCUAUUUGGGCAUGUGUGAUAUUUUGUAAAUCAUCGAAUUCUUUCCUUUUUUCUGAUAUGGUUUACACGUUUCACACCCUAAGAACGAUAUGAACGGAAAGUUAUUCACAUUUGCUAUGUAAGAAAAGUAAGAAAUGUUAGUUUUAUCAUGCUGAUAAGAUUAAAGUAUGAAGGUUAGCGGCACGGUAACUUCAAGAAAAAGAAUAUACUGCUAAAGUUAACUGGAAUUAGUGUAUGAAGGACCUUAGAUAAAUAAUGUAUUAUACAUGUUUUAAGUGUGGCAAACAUUGACCCCAAAGCAUUCAUAAAAUGUUUCAACAGGUUCUUAUCAAAUUAGAUGAAAUUCUUUGUUUAAUUGAAGUGUAUGAUCAUGCUAAACAAAUUCAUUGUUUUAAGGUCCUCUGAACGAUUCUUGCAUGUUUACCAAUAGCAUGUGUUUAUGGAUUUUUUUUUAUGAAAAUGCCGACUUUCUGUAUGAGUGUUUCAACGCAAUAUUUACCGUCAGCCUUGUCGGUGGUAAUGACAUUGGUAAACAAAUCCUUGCCAGCUUUUCUUCGAGCCUAAAUGGUAUUUUAAACAUUACACCAGUGUUUUUAAAUACAUUAGUUAAUCUGUUUGUAUUUUACAAGUUUAAUAUACUCUCCCAUUUAAAAAAAACUAAAACAAAUAUGAUUUUAUCACCUUAAGUUAAAAGAAAUUUUAAACUUAUACAAGCUUUUAUCUGAUUUAGAUUUUGUUUUGCCGUCUCAUCUUAAACAGAUUAUUAAGGCCCUAAUUACCUAUAGCUGCCGACGGGCCGCCGUGAAACACAAAGAAAGCAAACUUACACCAGUCAUACUUCUAAAAUAUAAGUUUGAACUUGAGUGUUAUUAUUCCAGAGUACUAUCAUUUAUAAGAUUAUGUCUUAUAAGAGACGUAGAGACCUUUUAUUGAUACAAAUAUUUUUUACACAGCAUUAAGUAUAUAUAUUUAUAAUUAAUACGACCUUAGCAUGACCAGCGACUAUCAAAACAUUUUUAUACAUUUAUAAUCAGAGCAGGAUGAUUACAGUAGUAUACAUAUAAAACGAUAAAAAAAUGAUUAUUUUUACUUGGAGUAAAUUCUAUACCGUAGUUAUCGAGGCAAUUUAUGCACAUGAAGAUGAUACUAUUGAUAGAUGUAAUUAUGGCAAGCCAACUUAAAAGUUAUUCAAGGAGCCGAAUUUCAUAAAACUAUGUAAGAUAUCUUGUAUAGUAUAUGAGAUAUCUUAUUUGAUAUAUAAGAUCUGUUUUAUACUAUAUAAAAAAUCUUAUAUAGAAGUUAAAUGAGAUGUUAUAUUAGAUAUCUCAUAUACUGUAUAAGAUGUCUCAUUCAAUUUUCUGUAUAAGAUUAUAUAAGAAAUCUUAUACUAGAAUGAGAUUUAAACAAAAUGUCAAAAACCGGGUCCCCCACCCGGAAUCUUUCGAGGAUCUAGUAGUAGAAAAUGCAGUAGGCUUGCUAUCAACACGUGGUCCUGUCGUCAUUAUGUCAUUAUACCAUAAUCCUACAUAGUGCUAAAUCCUGAAUGACGUACUCCGAAUGAUUCUAUAUAUAUCAUAUAGUAACGAGAUUUCAAUUAUAUAAGUUAUCUUAUUACAUAAGAUAUAUUAGAGAUAAAAUUAUAUAUAAUAUUUUAUAUACUUAAUUAAAAUUUCUCAUUGAAUUUCUGUAUGAGACAUCUCA